AUGGUCAAGGAUACCGAAACCGUCAUCAAGGAGUUCAAUGAACUUGUCAACAUGUCUCCGAAAGAGUUGAAGGACUGGCUGGGUCAAGAAGAGUCAGCCGGUUCUGGAGAAACGAUCGGACACGAGAGUGGGCGGAAGAUUAUCAAGAUCCUUGAAAAGAACCCCAAGAAGGACCCGGAACAGUACGAUGAGGAGGAUGUUGACCACAUGAGGCGGGUUGUCGCGUACUGCAAGCGUCAUCUGGCGCAGGAAGAGAAGGCAAAGCGAGACACCGAUAGCAAGAGCUACAAGAGCUUGAAGAACUGGGGACACGAUGCUCAGAAGGCCUAG